AUGUCCGACGACAUGGCCCGCUUGCUCGCCUCCCGUCCUCCACAAGAAAAUCUUAUGCCGAGCACGUCUCAUGUGACGCCCUGGUGGAACGUGAACGACGAGAUCUCCGCCAUGCUGUCGCAAGCGGGUGAUGUGUUGAGCCAACCGCAUCCCGAGAAUUUUGAUGUCGCGGCGAACGCUCUCGUCCCGGAGGAACAGAACGCUUUGAUUCGAGAAGUGACCUCUCCUAUAGAAGGCAUCAAUCUUGGCUCGGCGAGUAUGGCCACGAUUCAACUUCCGAGUACGAGUACGAUCACUACCACGCCCCCCGCAGCGCCUUUCACAGCGGCUGCCGCUGCUGCCACCUCUGUCGAUCGUCCCGAUACGGCGAUUGGCAGCCCAGCUUCGACCAUCGGCGCUACUUUGUCGGCGCAUGACUCAUCCAUCUCAGCAGCCAUGACCAAAACCAUGCCACGACAGGAUUCAAUGGACCAUACGGCAAGGAAAGAUCUGACCAAUCCGAGUGACUUCGAGGACCAAAUUGUGCUGCAAGAGCUGCUAGACGUGCUGAGCAGUCAAUUUUGCCGGUACCACGGAGCAUCAAACCCAGCGACUGGUUCAGUGGUUCUUGACGCUGUCGCCAAUCCUGACAACAAGUACAACUUCGUGUACAUCGAGCCUCCACCGCCUGAUGUCAGCUCACGAGUCCGCGAAGAUGGCACCGUGAUGGACGGCGAGAUUCCGGAGCCAGAGCAAGAGGUCCAAGACGAGCAUGCAGCUCAGGGCAGCGACAACGACGAUGAUGACUGGCAAGCUGCUGCAGAGCGCCAUGACUCAGAGCGCCGUCAGCAGCAGCAGAGUGAGGAACUUCCAAAGACUGAGCCAUGCCAACUGCCGCCGACCUCAAGGACUCUCCCAUAUAUGAGCCCAAAGUUCCUGUUCCUUCGGCCUGGACUUCAAUACCUAUUCGUCCUCACGGUACCCCUCGGCCAUACGUUCGACCUCUUCGACGAGAUUCGCCGCGCUCACUUCACUUUCCAAUGGCGAACGUUAUACUGA